CCUGCGUGGUGGAAUAAAAGGUUAUUGGAAUAAAAAUAAGAAUAGGUACCUUCUGUUAGUAUGGCUGCAAUAUUAGACAAAGUUCGUUCAAGAAUUGUGUCAUUGGGACCAACAAGUGAAGAGAAAUUCUCCUUUGCCAAGUCCAGCGACCAACCCCACCCAUCAGGAAGUGGGUGCCAGGGCGACGGCGCCACCAACCCAAGUUCCAACAGCGUAUCGCAUCCGGAACGUUCGACCUCAGGUGUGGAAAAGCCGACGAUUACAGCUUGGGACGCCGGGUGGAAUGUCUCUAAUGCAAUUCAGGGAAUGUUCGUUCUUGGGCUCCCAUACGCAGUGUUGCACGGUGGUUAUCUCGGUCUUAUACUCAUCAUUGUGACAGCGGUGGUUUGCUGCUACACCGGCAACAUCUUAAUUGACUGUCUGUACGAAACCAGUCCUUCCGGAGAACGACUGCGGGUGCGUUCCACCUACGUUGACUUGGCAGCUCACUGUUGGGGAAAACAUUUGGGUGGCUAUCUAGUAAACGCAGCACAAUUGAUAGAAUUAUUGAUGACGUGUGUUCUUUAUGUCGUCGUUUCCGGUAACCUGAUGACAAAUAGUUUUCCACAUGGACCAAUCAGAGAAGCAGGAUGGUCAGUGCUUGCUUGCCUCGUUCUAUUCCCUUGUAUAUUUCUUCGUCACCUGAGGGCGGUAUCGAGAUUCAGCAUGGGGUGUUCGGUCGCACAGAUUGUGGUUCUUGGUAUCACGAUCGUUUAUUGUAUUACAAAGAUCAACACCUGGGCUUGGAGUGAGAUUACCAUAAGCGUCGAUAUGAAACAGUUCCCGGUCUCCAUCGGCGUUAUCGUCUUCAGCUAUACUUCACAAAUUUUUCUCCCGUCGUUAGAGGGCAGUAUGGAGAACCGCGGAGACUUUCGUUCCAUGUUAAGUUGGUCUUACGUGGCGUCGUGCGUCACGAAAGCGUCGUUCGCGCUCAUAUGUUUUUUAACAUGGUCUAAGGAUACGAAAGACGUGGUCACCGAUAAUCUACCUCCUACGUUGCGUGCAAUGAUAAAUGUUCUGCUUGUGGUGAAAGCUUUACUUUCGUAUCCACUGCCCUACUAUCAAGCUAUCGAGGUGAUGGAACAAACAAUGUUCACGGGCGCCACUGGUGGCUGGGGGUCCCUUUUUGGUACGAAACGUCACGCUUACGGCGAGUUUACCGAUGACACGGAACCCAUCGUACAAAGCACUAGUUUUAACACCGACGUCCCUUCAUCACCGAGCAGCACGACCGACAACAGCGAAGACGGUUUGGAAGACAAGUCUACAACGAAGAACGUGAUAUUGACGCUGGAAGAUGAUACGAACAAACAAAGUUCUUGUCCCUCCUGUUAUUCGGCAACCGGUGAUCUUCAAGUGUGGGCUCUAGUUCUGCGAGCGGGAUUGGUACUUGGCACACUGCUUAUGGGUGUAUUUAUCCCACAUUUUGCCUUGCUAAUGGGAUUGACUGGUAGUCUUACUGGAACGUCACUUGCUUUUCUUUUCCCUUGCGCUUUCCAUCUUCAAAUAAAGUGGCGCGAGAUGAAAUGGCGAGAAAUCGGGCUCGAUGUUUUCAUUUUUAUCUCUGGGACCGUUUGUGGCAUCACAGGAAUCUACUUUUCCAUUCAAGGCCUGUAUGAGGUCUACAACCCGUCUCAAAUCUCUAACGCUUUGGGGGCCGUAAACGGAACAUCGAACGUCACACACACCGCUCUUAUAGCUCCCGGUUUCUUUCCAGAGUUUCCGCUUCAACCGGACUUAGACCUCCCGGCUUUCCCUGAGGAACCUUUUAUCUCAGAUAACUCGCCAACAUCUGGAAACAAGAAGACAAAUGACGACACGAUGACGUACCUCGAGGAAAGUGACGUCAUAGACCUGGUUCCACCUCCGCAAUUACCAGACAGCGCCAAAACCAGUCGAACAUCAGAAGCCCAGCACCUCCGGAAAAGAAGAUGACCAUAUUUCGUAUUCCUAGCACAGACCGAGCAUCGAGCACUAUAGUUAAAA